AUCUUAUUUUUCCAUCUCUCAAUAAAAAAAAAAAAAGAAAGUCCAUUGCGUCCGAUUUGGGUCCGAGAAGGACGAAUCAGGAAACAGAGACCAAUUUCUUCUAAGAAGAAACCUUUUUUUUUGUUUUUCCUUAUGUUGUCGUGUUUGAUGGAAUCAACAUAUAUAUUGAUUUUGUUAAUUUGAUUUUAUCCUUCUUAUUUAUUAUUAUUCACAGAGAGAACGGAAGCAAGCAACACAAAAAAAUUUAAAAUUAGGGUUUUAGUUUUAUCUAUCUUCAUCCCCCUUUUGACUUUGGGAAGCUGCUUCGUUUCUGUUGAACAAGGAUGAAGAAGAAGCUCCAGACACGUUUUCCAGCGACAAGGAUUAAGAAGAUUAUGCAAACCGAUGAGGAAGUUGGCAAAAUUGCAAUGGCUGUCCCUCUUCUUGUCUCUAAAGCUUUGGAGCUAUUUUUACAAGACUUAUGUAAUCACACAUAUGAUAUAACUCUCAGCCGAGGAGCGAAAACUGUCAGCUCCUUUCAUUUGAAGCAGUGUGUGCACGCGUUUAAUGUCUUUGAUUUUCUAAGAGAUACUGUUGGUAAAGUUCCUGAUUUGUGUGGCUCAGAUGCUGAAGACCAAUCUGCUACCAAAAGAAGGAAACUUGUCGAUGAAAGUAAUUGCAACGAAGAAGAUAUGAAGAGCACUCAAAUGUAUGAGGUCAAACAUUCUGGCAGUGACAGAGGAAGGCAGGGUAAAGGCCGCGGACGGGGUAGUGGAAGAACAAGAACUGGCCUGUCUCUUACGUUUGAAGAAGAUUUAGAAGAUGGUUCUCCCGGAAGCAGCAGGACACCCUCUCCUGAAAACAGAGAUACAUCUUGGAAGAAAGAUCAUAGUAACGCAAGGAACUUCGAUCUGAAUGUGGAUUUAGAUGAGAAUGGAGACACUGCUACAUGGCUAGAAAAACAGCUAGAAGAAAGUCCAGAGUGGCCGUUGUUGGGAAUGAACGAAAUGAAAAUAGAUCAUGAUCAACAACAACAACAACAUCAGGCUAGUGCUAGUGAUGAGGAAGAUUAUGAUGAAGAAAGCAUAGAGUAGACCAAGACUGAACAAGUUUGGGGUUUGGACGUUUGGUAUUAAGUUAGGUGAUAUGACUAAAAAAGCUAAGAUAUGGGGAAAGGAAACAACAACUUAGGAACUGACACCACUUAUUAUACAUAUAAGAAGCAGUGUUUAUGUAGAAGAUUGAUUGCUCACAUUCUCUUUUAUAUAAUUUUGGUAUUUUUGUUCAUCUU